AUGGAUAUUAAGAGGGAAAUUCGAGUGCCUGAAGCCUUGGUGAUCGAAGAUGUGAUUGCUAGUGAUGGAGUGACAGAUCUGUACUGCAAAGUAAAUGAGAAAUGGAGAAAGACACAGAUAUUAGAAGACUCCUCGGUCUAUCUGGCCGCUGUGCUCGAGUAUCUGACAGCUGAAAUCCUCGAGUUGGCCAGUAACGCAGCCCGGGACAACAAGAAAACCCGCAUCAUCCCCAGACACCUUCAGCUGGCCGUCCGCAAUGACGAGGGGCUCAACAAGCUGCUGGGAGGAGUGACCAUCACUCAGGGCGGGGUGCUGCCCAAUAUCCAGGCCGUGUUGUUGCCCAAGAAAACCGGCAGUGCCAGCAAGUGA